GUCCUGCCUACUUGCAAUUACAUCACGAUCCAUGGAAAGGGCCAUGUCUGUUUGCUUUCUCUUUAGUUUAUGGACAGACAGGUAAUGCUGCAGCAUAGCGGAGUUUGUCACUCUACCACAACAGCUCGCCACAGUCGCAGCUCUCUAAGCAACCUCAGCAAGUCCGACAGGUAGUGUCUGUUCGAGUUGGUAAGGGCCCACCGAUAUAGGCCCUGACAGGCAGCGAAUGUGUAGCGACCGCAUGCAGGUAGCAACUUGGCACAAGGACUCUAACCUCCUUUCGCUUUGUCUGUAAAUGGGGUAGAUAAGACAGACAGCUAGUUUGCGAGCAGUAAUGGCAUGGCAAAGGCAACUGGAUUGUACAUUUGACUGAAACACCUACAACCCGUCGGAGAACAUGGAGUUUCUGAAGAGCCUGGUUCCCAAUGUCAUCUCAGGGGAGGGGGGCUCUGACCACGGAGGAGCCAUCCCUAAAGAAUCAGGGCCUCGGCUCCUACGCAUGAAAAGACUGGGCCUGCUAGCCAUGGGACAGACCACUGAGGAAGAUCCAGUAGAUCCAGUGGUAAAGGUAGAUCCAGGGAUGGGCUCCACCAGACCUGCCCGCGGUAACCAAACCCGCUUCAAAGGAAAUCUCCGACAUAUUAGAAAAGUCUCCUUUUUACAGCAUGCUGCUGGUGUCAGAGGUCACAAGGCUUCUACGCCAGUGAGCAGCAGUGCAAGUAGACGCCGUGCCCCUGCCUCAGUGACUCCUCUGUCGUGGGAGAAACACAACAUUGCCGCCAUGUCGAGCAUCACCAUCGACCCCGAGCUCAAGCCUGGGGAGUUUGUCAUCAAGAGUCUAUUUGCUGAGUUUGCUGUGCUGGCUGAAAAGAAGAUCGAGAUGGUGAUGGCUGAACCGCUGGAGAAACCCCUAUCCCGAUCCCUGCAGAGAGGGGAAGAUGCACAAUUUGACCAGUUAAUAAGCUCUAUGAGCUCAAUAGCAGAACACUGUUUGCCCUCCCUACUGCGCACACUGUUCGACUGGUACCGACGGCAGAGUGGCACUGAGGACGAGUCCUACGAGUACAGGCCUCGCUCAAGUACAAAGUCUAAAGGAGACGAGCAGCACCGGGACAAAGAUUACCUUCUAGAACGGCGGGACUUAGCCAUAGAUUUCAUAUUUUGUUUAGUUUCAGUGGAAGUUCUUAAGCAGAUUCCUCUUCACCCAGUGCCAGAUGUUUUAGUACAUGAAGUUCUAAACCUGGCAUUCAAGCACUUUAAACACAAAGAGGGGUACUGUGGACCCAACACUGGCAAUGUGCACAUCAUUGCAGACCUGUAUGCUGAAGUCAUAGGGGUUCUCACACAGUCAAAAUUUCAGGCGGUGAGGAAGAAGUUCAUCACAGAGCUGAAGGAGCUCAGGCUAAAAGAGCAGAGUCCCUACAUAGUCCAGAGCAUUAUUAGUCUCAUCAUGGGCAUGAAGUUCUUCCGGGUUAAAAUGUAUCCCGUGGAAGAUUUUGAGGCUUCUUUUCAGUUCAUGCAGGAGUGUGCCCAAUACUUCCUGGAAGUCAAGGAUAAAGACAUAAAGCACGCACUAGCAGGCCUUUUUGUUGAAAUCCUCAUCCCUGUUGCAGCUGCGGUAAAGAAUGAAGUCAAUGUUCCAUGCCUCAAAACCUUUGUGGAGAUGCUUUACCAGACAACCUUUGACCUUAGUUCCAGGAAGAAGCACUCUUUGGCUCUGUAUCCUCUGGUGACGUGUCUGCUGUGUGUCAGUCAGAAGCAGUUCUUUCUGAACAACUGGCACAUCUUCCUCCAGAACUGCCUCUCACACCUAAAGAUGCCGUCUAACAACAGCAUCCGAAAGCAGAUUGAGACGCUGCAGAAUAAAGACCCCAAAAUGUCUCGGGUCGCACUGGAGUCACUCUACAGACUGCUGUGGGUCUACAUUAUCAGGAUCAAGUGUGAGAGCAACACAGUCACACAGAGUCGGUUGCUCAGCAUCGUUUCAGCACUUUUCCCCAAAGCCUCUCGCAGCGUGGUGCCCAGAGACACGCCCCUCAACAUCUUCGUCAAGAUCAUCCAGUUCAUAGCUCAGGAAAGACUGGAUUUUGCCAUGAAAGAGAUCAUCUAUGACCUUCUGUGUGUGGGCAAGUCUCACAAAACCUUCACCAUCAAUCCAGAGAGGAUGAAUAUCGGUUUGCGAGCUUUCUUGGUGAUUGCCGACAGCCUACAGCAGAAAGACGGGGAGCCUCCGAUGCCUACCACAGGGAUCAUCCUACCCUCAGGCAACACACUGCGUGUCAAGAAGAUCUUCCUCAACACCACCCUUACGGACGAAGAAGCAAAAGUCAUAGGCAUGUCACUGUACUACCCACAAGUCAGAAAGGCUCUGGAUAACAUCCUACGACACCUGGACAAGGAAGUGGGGCGCUCCAUGAGCAUGACCAGUGUGCAGAUGUCCAACAAGGAGCCAGAGGACAUGAUCACGGGAGAGAGAAAGCCAAAGAUCGAUCUGUUCCGAACAUGUGUGGCGGCUAUCCCAAGGCUGAUACCCGAUGGCAUGAGCAGACAAGACCUGAUCGAGCUUCUCGCCAAACUGACCAUCCACAUGGAUGAGGAGCUGCGUGGCCUCGCCUUCACUACUCUUCAGGCUCUGAUGGUGGAUUUCCCUGAGUGGCGAGAGGAUGUGCUCUCAGGCUUUGCCUACUUCAUCGUCAGAGAGGUGACCGAUGUCCACCCGACGCUGCUGGACAAUGCUGUCAAGAUGUUGCUGCAGCUCAUCAGCCAGUGGAGGCAGGCAGUGCAGAGCAGCAACAAGAGCCACGAUGCCCAGGGCUCUAGCAGUGGCCGCUCUCUGUCCUUGGAACGUACGCUCCCACUGGGUGUUCUGCAUGUCGUGGAGGGUUUAGCGCUGGUGGUGCUUUGCAGCUGCCGUCCUGCUACACGCAGGCUUGCUGUCAAUGUCCUGAAGGAAGUCCGAGCGCUGCACACUGCAUUGGGCAUUGGCAAGGGAGAUGAAGAACUGGCCAUUGAUGUAAUGGAUAGGUUAAGUGCAUCUGUGCUGGAGAGCUUCAUCCACCUCACAGGAGCUGAUCAGACCAGCCUGCUGUACUGUCCCAGUGGGAUUGAUCUUCAGAGUCUGGCAGAGUGGAGCUCAUCUCCCAUCAGCCACCAGUUCGAUGUGGUGAGCCCCUCGCACAUCUGGGUGUUUGCCCACGUCACUCAGGGCCAGGACCCCUGGGUCAUCAGCUUCUCCAGCUACCUGCGGCAGGAAAACCUGCCCAAACAUUGCCCCACCGCACUCAACUAUGCCUGGAUGUUUGCCUACACGCGCCUGCAGUUGCUGUCACCACAAGUUGACAUAAACAGCCCCAUCAAUGCCAAGAAAGUGAACAGCCUGAACAGUAGUGACUCCUACAUUGGCCUUUGGAGGAACUACUUGAUUCUGUGCUGCAGCUCUGCCUCCUCCUCCUCCAUGUGCUCCUCAUCCUCCACCUCUGGGUCCGUCCGCUGCUCCCCUCCUGAGACGCUGGCGUCCACGCCGGACAGCGGCUACAGUUACGAUUCAAAGAUUGUCGGCACUCCGUCCCCCUCUUCCCUCUUCAAACACAUUGUUCCAAUGAUGCGCUCUGAGAGCAUGGACAUCACAGAGUCUUUAGUUCUGGGCCUUGGCAGGACCAACCCAGUGGCUUUCAGAGAGUUGAUAGAGGAGUUAAAUCCCAUCAUCAAAGAAGCUCUGGAGAGAAGACCUGAGAACAUGAAGCGACGCAGGCGUCGUGACAUCCUGAGGGUCCAGCUGGUCCGGAUAUUCGAGCUACUUGCUGAUGCUGGAGUCAUCAGUCAAAUAGCGAGUGGCGGGUUGGAUGGAGAGAGCCAUUCUCUGAACAGUACACUGCUUGAGUAUGUUGAUCUGACCAGGCAGUUGCUCGAGGCUGAAAAUGACAAAGACUCUGACACGUUGAAAGACAUUCGCUGUCACUUCAGUGCGCUUGUGGCCAAUAUCAUUCAGAACGUUCCAGUCCACCAGAGACGGACCAUCUUCCCCCAGCAGUCACUGAGACACAGUCUGUUCAUGCUGUUCAGCCACUGGGCCGGGCCCUUCAGCAUCAUGUUCACUCCUUUGGACCGCUACAGUGACAGAAAUAUGCAGAUCAACCGGCAUCAGUACUGUGCACUAAAGGCCAUGUCUGCAGUGUUGUGUUGUGGACCUGUAGCUGAUAAUGUUGGCCUCUCCUCCGAUGGCUACCUCUACAAGUGGCUGGACAACAUUCUGGAUUCUCAGGACAAGAAGGUUCACCAGCUGGGUUGUGAGGCUGUGAUGCUGCUGCUGGAGCUGAAUCCAGACCAGAGCAACCUCAUGUUUUGGGCUGUGGACCGCUGUUACACCGGCUCCCGUCGGGUCGCUGCUGGCUGCUUCAGGGCCAUCGCCAAUGUCUUUCACAACAGGGAUUACCAAUUUGACACUGUGGUGCUGCUGAACUUGAUUCUCUUCAAGGCGGCUGAUUCUUCCAGGGAGAUUUACGAGGUGGCCAUGCAGCUGUUACAGAUCCUGGAGCCCAAGCUCUUCCGUUACGCUCACAAACUGGAGAUCCAGCGAACAGAUGGCAUCUUGACUCCUCCUUCGCCUCUGCCACACCUCUACUCCGUGUCUUACUACCAGCUGUCUGAGGAGCUUGCCAGGACUUACCCAGAGCUCACUCUGCCCAUCUUCUCAGAAGUGAGUCUGCGCAUCCAGACAGCGCAUCCUGGUGGUCGUCAAGUAAUGUUGCACUACCUCCUGCCGUGGAUGAACAAUGUGGAGCUGGUAGACUUCAAGCCAAUCGCACGGCGACCAGAGGACUGCGGCAGUGGUGAAGAGGACGAGGACGUACACGAAAGGGAGAUGAUGAUGGUCAACAGCCGCAGAUGGCUCCGUGGAGAAGGAUGGGGAUCCCCGCGAGCAACAACCAUGGUGCUAAACAACCUCAUGUUCAUGACCGCCAAAUAUGGAGAUGAGUUUGCCUGGUCCGAGAUUGAGAACGUGUGGACCACAUUAGCAGACAGUUGGCCAAAGAACCUCAAAAUCAUUCUACACUUUCUCAUCAGCAUGUCAGGAGUCAACAGUGACCCCAGCCUCUUGCCCUAUGUGAAACGAGUGGUUGUGUACUUGGGCAGAGAUAAAACUAUGCAGCUGCUGGAGGAGUUGAUGUGUGAGCUUGAGUUGACAGAUCCUGUCAGCUCAGCUGUCACCCACAUGGACAACCCCCCUUACUACCGCAUCACCUCCAGUUUCAAGAUCCCCUCAGUCACCUCAGGAACAACCUCCAGUAGCAAUACCAUGGUGCCAGGAAAUGAUGGUCAUCAUGACACCAAGAUCAAAGACUCCAACAUGGAGGAAAGUUACACCCACCUGGAUAUUUACAGCGGGCUCAACAGCAACCUGAACCGCCAGCACCACCGUCUGGAAUCUCGCUACAGCAGCAGCUCUGGAGGCUCCUACGAGGACGAGAAGAGUGACUCCAUGCCACUUUAUGCUAACUGGCGUCUGAAAGUGAUGGAUCACAACCGACCGGAGCCUCUGCCUUUCCCUCCAACUGGAGGCUGCUGGUCUCCUCUCCUGGACUAUUUGCCGGAGACAAACGCACCCGCUGUGCCACUCCACAGAUGCAACAUUGCAGUCAUCCUGCUGACGGACCUCAUUGUGGAUCAUGGGGUUAAAGUCGAGUGGAGUGCCUACCUGCACCUCCUGCUGCAUGCAGUUUUUAUCGGGCUUGAUCACCAGCACCCAGAGGUCUACGAGCACUGCAAACGUCUGCUGCUUCACCUGCUUGUUGUCCAGGGUGCAAAUAGCAGCGUUCAAUCCGUGGCUAUGGUGCUUUUACGAAACAGGGACUACAACGAACCUAAAGUUCUGACUGUAAAACCACCAGCUCCAGAGUUCAACCUCACAGGCGUGCAGGAGUUGUUGCCAGACUGCCAACCCUCACCUAUGACAGACUCGGGUCUCAGCUCCAGCUCCACAUCUUCCAGUAUCAGCAUCGGAGUGGGGGGUACCGCUCUGUCCCACCUCUCGCCCACUCUUCUCAGCGAGGUGGACGUCACCGCUGAGCAGGAUGAGAAGGCCAAAGCUCUCAUUGAGUUCAUUACUUCAAGGAAGCGGGGUCCACUCUGGAAUCACGAAGACGUGUCACCCAAGAACCCCAACAUCAAGAGCGCAGAUCAGCUGAGUGUCUUUGUCCGACAUGUGGUCGCUGUCUUCAAAUAUUGCCAGUCAGGUUUCCAGAUGGAGUCAUUGCUGAGUGAAGUGGCUUUGAGGACCGCUCUGUCAUGCUCUUCUCGCCACUACGCCGGUCGCUCAUUCCAGAUUUUCAGAGCGCUCAAGCAGCCUUUGACUCCCGCCACGCUGUCUGACAUCCUGUCCCGACUGGUUGAGACCGUGGGAGACCCAGGAGAGGAGGCGCAGGGCUUUGUCAUUGAGCUCCUCCUCACGUUGGAGUCUGGCAUUGACACACUAGCAGACACACUCAAAAACUACGACCUCCUCACUGCUCUUGCUCAAACCCCGACUCGCGAUCACUUGCUCGGGCCAAAGUUUGCCUCCAACAGGAAGAGCACGGGCCAGCUGAACAUCAGCAGCAGCGGUCUCUACCACUACGUCCACGCUCGCAGCAACUCCCUCCGCGCCAGCCUGCUGAGCGAGCGGAAAACCGACCGGCGUCGGAGUAACACCUUAGACAUAGCAGACCGGCUCGGUGGAAGCCACGGAAACCUGGCGCGAACGCGGAGCUUAUCAUCGCUGGGCGGAGGAGGAAGUCCAGGAGGGGAAACCGCUCCACCUGUGGACCCUUCAAAUCUGAUGGCCACAGUGUUCUGGAUCGCUGUCUCCUUGCUGGAGUCGGACUACGAGUUUGAGUAUCUGCUGGCUUUGCGUUUACUCAACAAGCUGCUGGGCCAGCUGCCCCUGGAUCGGGCCGACAGCAGAGAACGUCUGGAGAUGGUCCAGUCCAAGCUGAAGUGGUACAACUUCCCGGGGCUCCUGCAGCUCUUCCUGAAGGGUUUCACCUCUGCUUCGACUCAGGAGCUCACCAUCCACCUGCUGAGCAAGCUCAUCAGUGUCUCCAGACACACACUGGUAGACCCUUCACAAGUGGCAGGUUUUCCCUUGAACAUCUUGUGCCUCCUACCGCACCUUAUUCAGCACUUUGACAGCCCCACGCCCUUCUGCAAGGAAACGGCUGAUAAAAUAGCCAAAGUGUGCGCUGAUGAGAAGUCGGCCACUCUGUCUAACCUGGCCCACAUGAUGAGCCUGUACAGCACACACAGCUAUUCCCGCGACUGCACCAACUGGAUCAACGUGGUCUGCCGCUACCUCCACGACGCCUUCGCUGAGAGGACCCUCAACCUGGUCACAUACUUAGCCGAGCUGCUGGAGAAGGGCCUUCCCAGCAUGCAGCAGUCCUUGCUGCAAAUCAUAUACAGCCUGCUGAGUCACAUUGACCUGUCAGCAGCUCCUGUCAAACAGUUCAACCUCGAGAUCAUGAAGAUCAUCGGCAAAUAUGUUCAGAGUCCACAUUGGAAAGAGGCCCAAAACAUUCUGAAGCUGGUGGUGUCCCGCUCAGCCAGCCUCGUCGUUCCAGACGACGUGCAGCGUUCAUACAGUUCUGAGUCAUGCGGCUCUCCAGAAAUUGCCUUUACGCGCAUAUUCAACAACUCUUCUAAGGAGCUGCCGGGCAAGACGCUGGACUUCCACUUUGACAUCUCAGAGACACCGAUCAUCGGGCAUAAAUACAGUGAUCAGCGGAGUGCAGCAGGCAGGAAUGGGAAGCCGCAGGUGAUUGCUGUAACGAGGAGUACCUCCUCCACCUCCUCUGGCUCGAACUCCAACGGUCUGGUGCAAGUGAGCUGGAAGAGGCCUCAGCUUUCCCAGAGACGGACCAGAGAGAGACUCAUGAAUGUGUUGUCUCUGUGUGGUCCAGAAGCCGGCAUUCCCAAAAAUCCAUCUGUAAGACUCCUCUCCUACUCUAAGGCCUCAGAUAAGGUGGUGUUUUCAUCUAAUGAGGAUCUGGAUUCUGCUGACCAGCAGACCAGCCUCAUUCCCACUGUGGAGGAGGUGGUCAGGGAGGAGGAGGUGCAGGGGGAGGACACAGGCAGUGAGCAGCAGUUCGGUGUCUUUAAGGACUUUGACUUUUUGGAUGUGGAGCUGGAGGAUGCCGAGGAGUUGCAGGGGGAGAGCAUGGACAACUUUAACUGGGGGGUUCGGCGCCGCUCUCUGGAGAGCAUGGACAAAGGGGACACGCCGUCUUUGCAGGAGUGUCAGUACACGGGCAGCACGCCAAGCCUCAACCUCACCAACCACGAGGACACGGAUGAAUCAUCUGAGGAGGAGGUACUGAGCGCUAGCCAGAUUCUCUCCUGCACCGGCCUUCUGAACAGUGACUCUGCCACAGACGACACGGCGUCCAACCAUGUGGACUCCCUGCAGCAGUCCCAGGAAUCGUCCAGCAGUGCCAUGACCGAGGAGGCCACCGUCCUGCCCUCCCUGCCCUCCCUAUCCUCCCUCCCUCGACUGGAUAGUCCCCUUUUGGAGAUGGCCCACUCAGACAGCACCAGCAGCCAGCUGCCUGAGGAUGCUGUGAGCAUGACUGCCGCCGAUGAGCUGAGCAGCAGUGUGAGCGAGGACACGGGGUUCUGUAGCGCCCCCCCUCUGCCCUCUGACCCACCAGAAAUGUGCGACCUUCAGGAGUUGCAGGAACCUCAGGAUCCUCCUGAAACUCAGGACCCUCAAGAGACCCUGGACCCUCAAGAGGACCUGGAUCCGGCCCCCCCUCCUCCGCCGGCCAUAGACACUCCACCCGGGUUCCUUUGUGAGGACGAGUCCCAAACAGUUCUGCCCCUUUGUAUGCCGAUGAUACCGGAAACAAAGCCUGAUCCGGACCCGGACCCUGAUCCAGACAGCACCUGUGGGUCUGUGUGGGAAGAGGAUGUGACUCAAGCCCUGAAGGAGCUGGACGAGCGCUGUGAAGAGGAGGAGGCCGACUUCUCUGGCAUGUCCAGUCAAGAUGAAGGUGACGCAGACAGCUUCCCAGAGAUCCAGGCCUCUCCGCCCCCUUCACCCUUCCUCUCCGCCAUCCUGGCGGCGUUCCAGCCUGUUGCCUAUGACAAUGAGGAAGAUGCUUGGCGUUGCCAUGUCAACCAGAUGUUGUCAGACACAGAUGGGUCCUCUGCUGUUUACACUUUCCACGUGUUCUCCCGGCUCUUUCAGGGCAUUCAGAGGAAAUUUGGCUCCAUCACACAUGCAUCUGUUCGCUUUCUCGGGGAAAGGCUCCAACGAAUGGGAAAUCAGUUCCUCAGCUCCCUGGAAGUCAUGACGUCGCGCUCGCAGUGCCCCACCGUGCUGCUGGAUGCUGAGACGCUGGUCUCUUGUGGACUAUUGGAGAUCUUGAAGUUCAGUGUGCUGGAGUUGCAGGAACACCUGGACACCUAUAAUGCCAAGAGAGAAGCAGCAGAGCUCUGGCUGGAAAACUGCAGGAAAACAUUUGGGGACAAAGACAGCAGCCAGCGACCCAACACUCACGCACAGCAAAUGGAAAAUCUAGCAGAGCUGGAACUGUGUCGGAGGCUUUAUAAGUUGCACUUUCAGCUGCUGCUGCUGUUCCAGGCGUACUGUAAGCUCAUCAGCAGAGUGGACACCAUCAAGAGAGAGGCCGAGGUCACCAACAUGUCUGAGGAGCUGACGAUCCUAGAAAGCUGCCUGAAAGAGGCAGAGAUUGGCAACGACGUCCAGGAGGACGUGUGCAUGUCCGACAACGCCCACACCAACACGGAGACGGCCAUCCAGUCGCUCAUCGAAACGCUCCGCGGCAGAGACUUCAGCUCCGCUCUCACACAGGUCAAAGUCUUCAGGUCUUUGUGGCCCAAUGACAUCUUCGGCAACGAGACGGACAACGCCGUCCAGACCCUCCUGCACAUCUACUUCCGCCACCAGACGCUGGGCCAGACGGGCUGCCUGGCCGUGGUGGGCCCCAGCGGGGACCUUUCUCAGGCCAGCACUCGCCUCAUGGAGCUCAACCUGCAGAUCCGCGAGGCCCUGAGUCAGGCGCAGUCCUGCCAGCCCCACGGCGCCGUGGUCAGCACGGGGCUGUGAGCCCCGCGGCGCCGCGGGCCGCACCGGACCGGACACAAACGCCCCUUUCCCCUCCGCCCACCGCUCUACACAGACCUCACUUCAGCUGUAGACGGAGGGCGGACGGAGAGGGGAGGAGGACGAGAGAGACUCCACCUACAAAGGGCUAAAGGAUGUGUGGGAAUAACUGUGACUCUUAAUAUAUAUAUCUAUAAAUAUAUAUUAUUACAUAUAUGAAUGCUUAAAGCUAAUAUCUUUUCCCAGACUAAGCCAACUUGCAAAAUUCAAUUGCAAUAAGUCAUGUGGUGGUGUGCCUGGAGAAGAAUCAGGAAGGGCACAGGGAGAUGACCUUUUACUUUGGUUUUUAUUUUCAUUUGGGAGUGUUCUUAUUUUACUUUUUUUCUUUCUUUGGGAUCUGACCUGGCACCUUCUUGCAAAUGGGCGCCUUCCUCGCGGCGCCGGCGUGAGACGGAGCGGAGCGGGCGGAUUGUGUUGCGUGCGGACACAACGUCAAGGUUCAACAAGCAAGCUCGUUUUAAAACACAAAAAUGAAAGAAAAAAAAAAGUCAGAGGUUUUCAGAGGCAUGCUCGAAAGAGAACCGGCACUGCAAGAAUAUUUUUUUGAGAAAUGUAUUUUUAUUAGAGCUAACAUGGUAGGUUGUAAAUGUUAGGAUAUAUUAAACGUGUAAUUGUAACCCUGUGGGGACGGUUCGCCUUCAGGGAGUGUACAAAGAGAAAUAUAUCUGUUUAUUGAUCUGUUCUGAGAGGAGAGCCCCUUUACAACAGGUCUUCUCGCAAAAACUCACUCUUUAACCAAAUAAGUAGAUGCCUUUAGAGACUCUGGACUGUGUGGCUAUAUAUUGGAUAUUCUGGUAUACACUCACACAGAUGCAUUUGAUUGCACAUGAGUGCAGACCGGCUAUAGCUCAUUAUGAAAACAUAACUUAUUUUACUCUGUAUAUAUUUUAGAAAAUGUAUAGUGUAAAACCAGUAUUUUUUUCCCCUGUACUUUUGUGUAAUGCACUGUUCAUCCGAAUAGGAUGUGAUGUAUAAAGCUAACGUGAUAAGAGAAAGCCAAGACCAGAUCUGAGUCGUUCAUGGUCCGCUCCACCUGUCCGUCAUCCCAAUCACACAAGACUUCUGAACUUUCCCGAAGGCUGCCUUGGCGGAUGGAGGCGGUCUCCCAGACGUGGGCGCGGAUCGCCGCUCGUUUCGGGACGGGCCGUCUGCCUUGUUUUUUGUUUUUUUUGUGGGGUGGGGGCGGCGCGGCGGCGUGGGAGAUGAAUAGUAGCCUCCAUCUCCCGCGGGACUCCAGCAGUCCAGCGAAGCCAUGUCCAUAUGCAUUCCUUCUCUCCACUGUGACCUGUUAUUUUGUUAAGCAUGGUGCCGCGGCACACGCUCUGCUUAAAGCCUUACGACGGGAGACUGAAAGGUUUGUCCGGGUUGAUGAGGAGACGGCUUCGCUUCACUCUCAGAAUGGCCCUAUUUGCUGCUGUGACUGCGGGACAUGAACUGUUCUCUGGACGCUCUUUGGAAAACUUGUCAUGGCACAUUGUAACAGUCACUGUACUCAUUCCUCAGAGAGCUUCUCCUCCCUUUUUCCCCUUCUUGCCUGGUUCAUUUGCUGUUUAAUGACAUUUACCAGGAAGAUGUUUUAAUGUAGAGCUGCAUUUUGCUUUUUCCUUCACUCACAUACCAGCCUUCUUUUCUGGAUGAAUAAAGUCCUAAACAUACCAAAUAA